UGUGUGUGUGCAUGCUAAGUUACUUUAAACGUAUGCGCAUUCCGCUUUACAUUAUUUGUCGUGUAACCGGUCAUUCAUCACACUCUCCUCAAUGCCUUUCCUACAAGUCUGACACAAAUAGGGCACUGCGAUCUUCUGAUAACUUCCCUGCUAUUUAAAUAUUAAACAAUAUGAAACAUAAAUGAGUCAAUCUAGCUAUUUAAAGCAAUGCAAUUGGUUCAGGAACUCGGUACUUGACUUUUAUAGUCAAUAUACAGCGUUGUAAGUAAUAAGGCUUUAAUUGACCAGGGCUAAAUAUCUGCCUUAGGAACAGCAUUAAAAUACAGCGGAUAUUUCUAUGGUCAUACAAUAUUUGUUUUUCAUUCUAUCAAGAAUUAUAUCAUGACCAAAAAAAAAGCUUCUGUAAUAGGUUAUAGAAGUGGAGAUUAUUCAGGAUUUGCAAAUAUAAGAUGCACUAGAUAUCAUACAGUCAGCAGAGAAGCCAAACGGCUUUGCUGCACAAAUAAACGGUCUUUUAAAAACAGAGAAACUGUUUCGUGAGCUUGUAACGUACGUGGGAACUGAUUAUUAUGAAGAGCGGGGAAAGUGGGAAGCAAUUCGGCGGUGCACAUACGCCGAACCUUCACCUGGAUGCGAUUUUCUUUUGUUUUGCUUCAGCUGACGCUCUUUUUUUUAAAAAAAUAUAUAUAUCAUUUCAAGGGUUGGCGAUUUUUCUCCCCGGUGUGGACCUGGACUCCACACUGACCCUCCACCCGGACCCGGACGCUUCCCCUGCCUGCUUCACCGCCCCGGCCGCCUCGGAAGGUUCCGUUAGCUCCCUCACCAGCCUUAAGCCGUUUAACGGGCUGUCGGACCGGUUUGCCACCGCCCUUCGCCACCGCGUCCACGCCUGUGUCCGGGUCAGCGCGGCCCGGUUCGGACUCACUGGGCACCACAUUCUCCUGGUCCCAGUUUAAAGCCCCCUCCCUGCGCCAGUGUUUCCCACAGCGUUCCUCACACACUCUGCAACCCGAGCCGUCUCAUCAGAUCUACCGGACCGAACCGAGACCGUGUCGACCAUGGGGGAGGAGAAGGCAGAGACGCUGGACUUUGUGAAGGACUUCCAGGAGUACCUGAGCCAGCAGACCCAGCAUGUCAACAUGAUCUCCGGCUCUGUGAGCGGGGUCAAGGACGCAGAUGACCUCCCAGGAGACCUCGGGCAGAACGGCCUGGAUCAUCCAGCAGUGGACAUGUCCCUGGAAGACGGAUCCAGCAUGUUGGUGGACGGGUUUGAACGAACCUACGAUGGCAAGCUCAAGUGCCGCUACUGUAACUACGCAACCAGGGGCACUGCGCGACUUAUAGAGCACAUCCGCAUCCACACAGGUGAAAAGCCUCAUCGCUGCCAUCUGUGUCCGUUCGCCUCCGCGUAUGAGCGCCACCUGGAGGCGCACAUGCGCUCUCACACGGGUGAGAAGCCCUACAAGUGCGAGCUGUGCUCCUUCCGCUGCAGUGACCGCAGCAACCUGUCCCACCACCGGAGGCGCCGUCACAAGCUGCUGCCCAUGAAGGGCGCGCGCUCGUCCCUGUCGCACCGCAAGAUGCUGAGCGUCCUGCAGAAGCGCGGCAGCUCCAUGGGCUAUAGCCGCCGCCUCCUUCUCACCCUCAGCCCGCCCUCCAUGGUCCUACAGAAGCCCAGCUCCGAGCAGCACCACCUGGGCGACUUCGGCCACGAGCUCCCCCCGCACGCCCACCUCCACCAGGAGGCCUACGACGGCCUGGGGAAGGACCCGCAGGCAGCCGGCGCCGCGGGCGGGGCCCCCAGGGAGGACCAGGACCUGCCCCUGGACAACCCGCUCAACCAGCUGUCCACGCUGGCCGGCCAAUUGGCCGGCCUGCCCCCUGAGGCGCAGGGGGCGCCGGCAUCGCCCGGCGCCGAGUCCCUCCCGGACGAGAAGCCCACGUUCCUGGUGCAGCAGCCGGCCGCGGCCCCGGCCGCUGUGUCGGCCGGCGCGGUCCAGACCUCCUCGCCCAUCACGCCGGAACCCCGGCCGGCAGCGCACAGUGGCUGCAGCCCCGGCGUCGGACCCUGCAGCGAGAGGACCAGCACGCCCAGCGGCACCAACAGCCAGCCGGGCACGCCCACGCCAGGCCAGGACCCGCAACUGCUCCAUCACUGCCCCCACUGCCACAUCUACUUCCCCGACAACAUCCUCUACACCAUCCACAUGGGUUGCCACGGUUACGAGAACCCCUUCCAGUGCAACAUCUGCGGCCACAGGUGCAGGAACAGGUACGACUUCGCCUGCCACUUCGCCAGAGGGCAGCACAAGCCUUGAGCGGCCGGCCGCACCGCCUCCCGGCUUCCGCGCGGGAUUCCACGAUGCCGGCGGGAAUCACAUUCCAACGAGAAACGUGCUUUGUAAUUUUGUUGUGGAUUUUUUUUUUUUUUCUUCUAUUUAUAAGAGCUUGGAUUCGGAUUUCUGUGGAAACUCUCCAGAGGAAGACAGCAAGGGAACUGGACAGCAGUGUCUACCUGGUCCGUCUCUCACGCCUACCUGGUCGCCUUCAGUGAUGUGCUUUUAAGACACAUUUUUGAAUGAAAGGCCAAUGGAAGGAGAAGGGCUGUGUAGUUUUAAUAAGAACCGCAUCUGUGGGUAUUGGUGCAUCUUCAAAAAGUCCACAUUUGUCCUUCUGGUUGAUUAUUGGUUAUUCCUAAUCCCAUUUUCAUCUGUGUUAAAAUCAUGGGAAGAGUGCCUAAAAUGAUAUCUACAUAGCUUUGAUCAAGAUGGCGCGUGCUUAUAAAAAACUUUGUCUUUUGGUCACUUUGACCCCUACUACUGAAGGAUAGCGUAUUCUAUUACAGUGGUUGCUGUUUAUGUAGAUUUAGAAACGAUUGCAAAAUGUCUAAAUGUGGUGUUCUUCUAAUAGAAUUUACAAAGUGAACUUUGAUAGUUGCCAUUUUAUUUACGGAGGCCUGAGUCAAUGUCCGUGGCGUUACUUUAGUAUGUGUGGCGCACAUAGAAACGUGUGAUCAGAGCUUCAUAGCCGUCAUCUGCACUCCACGUCAUGCGCUCAAACACACGCCUAGUGAAGUAAGAAGACAGUGUCCCCACAAUCUGUUGUUUUGGGGGUUUUUUUUAAACUAGUGGUGCAUUUCUUUUUUUUCAAGGGGACUGCCCUUUGACCUGUUAUUAGCCGUCGGGCUAGAGAAGCUCAGGUUCCCCGUCGGGGCGCGGCGCUCACUGGAACACGUUUGACGCUUGGCCAUAACCUCCACCGGAGCUCCUCGGGGUCGUCAGUGCUGGAGACGCACAGCUGCUACGCUGGCUGUGGCGCUGAUCUUUACAGCAGUGGGUCAUGCCGUACCACGUGGCAUUGCUCCUCAGGGAGACGUGUGGCAUCGGGGGUACUAGUGCAGGUCAGUGGGCUUGGCCUUCGAGGGAAUUUUUUGUGUUUCAGCCGCGAGGGCUUGAAUUUGCCCCGCGAGCCUUCUGUCAGCGUGCGUCCCUUUGGCCAUUGGGCAGGGCCGCGUCCUCGACACACAGCAGAUGUAUAACGCAGCACGUGUAUUACAGUCCUGGUGGGCACGAUUUUACACAAUAGGUGCACGUUGCUAAAAUAUCUCCUCCAAAUCCCUCCCUUUCUCCGUACUACCAGAGGUGCCAUGGUGGAAAUGUUUGUACUCUUUUUGUGGUGCUAAAAUCAAGACAUUUCAUGAGUUUGUCAAGCAUAAAUUAUCAAGUAAGCAUUGUAAAACAAUUUCUGGUGUUGAACGUUAAUAAACUGAAAUUGUUACGCGGUGCCGCG